AUGUCGCCCAAGGACCUCGACAUCGAGCGUGCCGCGCUCAAAGGCCAUCCAGGGCGAAUGGGUAGCGCCGACGACUAUGACGAGAAGGACGCCUUCAAUGGACGACGCUACGCCGAGCCCAGCUUCUACUCGUCCAUGCAGCGCGUCAUGUCUCGCAGCCGCAAGCGCAGCCGCACCAUUCUCGCCCUUGUAGCCAUCUCGGUCGCCACCCUCUUCUUCCUCUUCUCCUCUCGCGCGCCACUCGCAGAUGAGUUCCGCGACGCCAACAUCGCAGAGUGGUCACCGCCGAUGCCGUGGAAGCAAGAUGUCGUCGACCGGCGCCCAGGAGGAUGGCGCUCCAGAUGGAGCAGCAGCUCGUGGUUCGGCCCGCCAAGGUACGACGCGUCAUCUGAGAUCCCCAACAUUGUCCACUUCGUGAGGCAGAUCAACCGCGAUGAGAAUUACGUACCGCAGGCGCCCUUCCGUGUGGAGUUCCGCCACUUGAUGAGCUACUUCUCCAGCUCAUUCUACCUCAAGCCGGAGCGCAUCUACUUCUGGACGGACACGCCCCAGGAGAUGCUCGACGACGCGCGACUCAACGGUGACGCCUUUACGCGGGCCCUGUUCCGUAUCCCGAACAUCGAGUUCAUGCCAGCUACUUUCCCUAACGUGACGUCGUCGGGCGUCAAGAUCGACCAGUACGCGCACCGCUCCGACUUUGUACGCACAGUCGUCAUGGCGAGGAUGGGGGGCGUCUACCUCGACGACGAUGCCUGGGUCCUCCGCGACCUGACACCUCUGCGUCGCUCUGGCUUCGACAACGUCUUCUCCCUCGAUGACGGCGCCCGCAUUGCGCAGGCCGCCUUCCUUUCGCGACCCUUGAACCCGCUCAUGCUCGCCUUCGCCAGACUGCAGGACGUCGUCUUCAACGGCGACUGGCUGCGCGCGUCCAACGACCUCGUGACGGCGCUCAUGGUCCACUACUCCCGCGCCGAGGGCAGCAAGUCCGCCCUUACCCUCGAGAAGGACGCCUUCUUCCCCGGCUACUGGAUCGGCGAUGCCCUCAACAUGUACUACGAGGUGCACGACGACGACCCCAACUUCCGCGAGCCCGAAACCCCACAGCGCGGCCAGGAUAUCACCACGACGUUCCAGUACGACUUUGAUUGGGGAUGGAGGCGAGACUGGCGCCGUACGUGGAUCGUGCACGGUUUCUCCAACGAGCUCCGAGCGCGAAAGGCGUAUCAUCUCUUCAAGGAGUUCCAAAACUUCACGCCCGCCUACGUACUCAGUCGUCGCGCCAAUAUUGCCAGGGCUCUCUUCCCUGCGCUCAAGGAGAUGCUGGAUACGGGGCUCCUCCAGCUCGAUCAGCACGACCUCGUUGCGUCCCAACCGUGA